AACUUCGUGCCCUCUCCGUCAACUUCCGGUCUUUUUACCCAUCGCGAUAAGAAGCAGAGAGCCGGUUGCGGGAGGGUGCAGGCGGGAAAGCCGGCUGGGCUCUUAGAAGCAGCUCUCGCGAGAUGUAGGGAGGCUGUAACUUGCCUAGAGGGGCGGAGGCCGGAGAGGAACCACGUGGGGACUCCUGGAGCUGAAUCUCAGGCGGGCAUCCAAUUUGGGUCUAGAUUGAAGUUGGAACCGUGGAGAUGCGGAAGGAAACACCGCCGACCCUAGUGCCCCCGGCAGCCCGGGAGUGGAACCUUCCCCCUAAUGCUCCCGCUUGUAUGGAGCGGCAAUUGGAGGCUGCGCGGUACCGGUCUGAUGGGGCGCUCCUGCUCGGGGCUUCUAGCCUGAGCGGCCGCUGCUGGGCUGGCUCUCUCUGGCUUUUCAAGGACCCUUGUGCCGCUCCAAACGAAGGUUUCUGCUCUGCUGGAGUCCAGACGGAGGCCGGAGUGGCUGACCUCACUUGGGUAGGGGACCGAGGUAUCCUAGUGGCUUCUGAUUCAGGUGCUGUUGAAUUGUGGGAGCUGGAUGAGAAUGAGACGCUCAUUGUCAGCAAGUUCUGCAAGUAUGAGCACGAUGACAUCGUGUCUACAGUCAGUGUCCUGAGCUCCGGCACACAUGCUGUCAGUGGUAGCAAAGACUUCUGCAUCAAGGUUUGGGACCUUGCUCAGCAGAUGGUUCUCAAUUCAUACCGAGCUCACUCGGGGCAGGUCACCUGUGUUGCUGCCUCUCCCCACAAGGAUUCUGUGUUUCUUUCAUGCGGUGAGGACAGUAGAAUUUUACUGUGGGAUACCCGCUGUCCAAAGCCAGCAUCACAGAUGGGCUGCAGUGCCUCUGGCUACCUUCCUACCUCCCUGACUUGGCAUCCUCAGCAGAGUGAAGUCUUCGUCUUUGGUGAUGAGAAUGGGACUGUCUCCCUCGUGGACACCAAGAGUGCAAGCUGUGCCCUCAGCUCUGUUGUGCACUCCCAGUGUGUCACUGGGCUGGUGUUCUCCCCACACAGUGCUCCCUUCCUGGCCUCUGUCAGUGAGGACUGCUCACUUGCUGUGCUGGACUCAGGCCUUUCCGAGGUGUUUAGAAGCCGAGCCCACAGAGACUUUGUGAGAGAUGCUACUUGGUCCCCGCUCAAUCACUCCCUUCUUACCACAGUGGGCUGGGACCAUCAGGUCAUCCACCAUAUCCUGCCCACAGAACCUCUCCCAGAGCCUGGACCUAAGAGUGCUGCCGAGUAGAUUGGAUUUCAGACAAGAAGUGAAUCCCCCAUGAGUAUCCACGCCCUUUGCCCCUGCCCUCUCAGUUUAUGAGACAAUAGAGGAGCCUUAUGCAGUAUGUUGGUAAACCACAUCUGUGCAGUUCAAAGGCGCUGUGUCUCAGCCUAGGGGAGGCUGGAUCCUGGGGUCCUGUAGUCAGGGAAGAAAAAUUCCCUUGAACAUGGAUGUGUGUGUGUCUGAGUGUGUGUUUAGAUACGUAGUCUUUGUAGGUAGGGGAAGGGAGAAAAAUAUCCAUCCCGUGUCUUCCCAGAGCCCAAUCCUCCCCACACCCUAAAAAUUAGCAAGGGAUUUUUAUGCUUCCUGCUGUAGCUGUGCAUUAGGAAUUGGCCAUGUCUGAGGUACGGGAUGUGGGCAUUCCUGGAUUCUUGGAAACUGCUCAUAGAGAUAGGAGCAACUUUAUUUUUUUAUAGAGCUUAAUUCAGCUUUAUCAUGAGCAGUACUUCCAUUUACAUCCAGUCCAGCCCACCUUAAGGAAGAGCCAGGACACUCACCACAGUUUUAUGCAUCUCCUUGUUAUUAAACCGAGCCAGAAGUCCAGUUUCUGGCCGAAUGAGAAGUUUGGCUGGUACCCAUGUAAUGCCCCUCACUGCCGCCGCCCCCAUGGAGUUGGUGUUGAUGAGGAUGCAUGUAUUUCUGUCGUAGAUGCCAUAGAAGAGGUUCAGGACGGAGAGCUUAGAAGCGUUUCAGUUAAAAACUGGCUUAGACCUACAUAGGGAUGUCUGCCACCUUCCCACCUGAAAACAGCCUGGGGCCUGACCUUUUUUUUCCUCUGGGUCCCUAUCUCUGGACAUAGGAAACCUGAAUGCUAUUUUGGGGGACUCUGAAGAGUUUAAAUACAGCAUCAGAGAGAGAAGUACCGGUCAGUGAAAUAAAAAGUUGAUUCAUCGUUGGCUUGUCUUUUGAAGCAUGUGUGUUAUGUGCAGUUAGACAUGUCACUUACAUGAGUCAUCAAGGUAUCUAUCUUAGAGCCCGUUACUUUUUCAUGUGCUUCCCCAGCCCCGCAGAGUAGCUAGUUGAAACUUAAGGUAAAUAUUUGUUUACUGAAUUGGUGGCUGCUGCCACUUAGAAGUUAUGGAUCAAUUACUCAUUGUAUUGAAACUAAAUUAAAUCAAUUACGUACUUUUGUGCUUUGCAAGUUUUGUUUAGCUAAAAUCUCAUGAAACUGGGGUAGUUUCAUGGGCGAAGUAUUUGUAAGUAAAGCUGCUGUGUUUCACCCUUGCUGAGCAUGAGCUCUGGUCUCACAAUUACCCUCAAGUAAAAGCAUGGGACUUUGUUAUUAGAUGGUCUACCUAUUGGGUUUGGGGAGAGGUGAGAAUGAAGCCUUCACUGUUCUUCCAUGUGACUUUAGAGAGGUAAUAGGGUGUGUUGAUAGAAACUCUUUAAGUUCUUCCUGGAGAUAAAAGCUUAAAAUUUGUUAUCUCUUAGAGAGAGUGAGGUAGGUAGGAAUUAAAUUUGCAUAGGCCUGUUCCUCAUGGACUUUGAAUAGUGGAGAGAAAACUCAGUGAAAGAGAUAAUCCAGGGAAAUGAAUGUAUUGUGUCAAGGUGGUUAAAAUGACACCAAAGGAGAAAACCUAGAGUUUGAAGAACCACUUUACUUAGUGUGAAAAAUAUUAGGAUUCAGAUAAACCUGUGCUGAAGAGAAUAAUUCCAUCGAUGGUCAUCACCAAGACAUUUGCAAAUGUAAUCAAAGUCAUGUUAGAAAUGAGCGUCCAGUUUUGGUUGACUGUGUCUACUAUGGUGAGAAAGAAGAUUGUUCAAGACAGAAGAUGACCUCAGAAUAAUCAGAAAUGUACUAUCACGUGGGGUUAUUCACUAGUCUUUUACUUGAGAAUAGUUUCAGUAGCAGGAGCACAGGUUUGCUGAUAACGGGUGGAAAUGGGCUCAUUUUGUUUUGUUUAAAACCAUACAAGUAUCUAUUUUGUGUUUAAUUUCACUGGUUCACAUGUCUGAACACCUGCAGUAAAUCUGUCUCCGUUUUCACUGUCCUUACUCAAGUCCACUAACCUGGUUGACCGUAUACCACUACUGAUUUCUAGUGCUCAGAGCAGUAGACACAGGUUGGCUCAAGUACUGUUUCAGGUAGCUCCAGACAUCAGGUUCAUUCUCCAGGAUCUGUCCUGCCCCACAAGACAGUAGGAGGCUUGUCUUUAUUAGCUCUGUAGGCAUUACCUGCUGGUUCACAGUCUCACUGAGGCAGCAGAAUCACCCAGGCUCUGACUGGGCGUCUAGUCAUAUGUACUCUGGGCAGUGUGGUAGGGCACAAGAUGGGGAGAGCGAGAGUGGGAAGAUGUAUAUAGUUAUUUCCCACUCACUCAGUUACAGAGGGCUUCAAAACUUCCUUGCCACAUCUAGACCUAAAAAUGGGCUCUGAGUUUUUAAAAGGCAGAUUUGUGGCAUUUGGACAGCAUAAGCAAUAUUAGUAUUUCCGUGGUUGCUUGACUUGUAUCUAUAAACUAAAAGAAUAGGGAAAGAAAAAGAAAAGCUCAUUCCAAAUUGCUAUGUAAGCAUUUCUUUCAGUAAGAUAUACACCGAAUAUUUGUAUGCAGUCUAGGGAAGUUUUAGGGCAUCUAAGGAGAGCCAACAGAGUGUGAAAAGCUGAAAGAAUUCACAUCAAGUUGCUGUUUAUACAUCUGGGUCAUACUGAACUUUAGAAUCACUUGUGCCGGGAACUGAUUUUGUUCCCCAAAAGGGUAAGGAAGCUCUAAUCUGAUUUUUGAGGUGAGUAAAGUUUCUGAUGAGCAUCAGCAGUCUAUAUAGCUUGAUUUCGGAAGAGUAAGCAGACCAGUUUUGAACCCCAACGUUUCCUUACUGAGUUCUCUUACCACAAAUGGAUAGCUGUGGAGUUUUUCAUCUUCAUUAUGUGGUUAUAGGACGUGUGCUAUCCAGAGAGUGAAGGAGGUGCAGAGAUAAGGACAGGAAAUGUUAACUCAUUUUCAGUUACAGAGGCAUUUAAGGUACAAUUGCUGAUCCUAAAAUCUGUGUCGUCUGGAGCAGUAAGGUUUACUGUAGUCCUCAACGUAUUCUGAAAACUCUGCUUGUCUUGUAAAUGAUGUUCUGCUGCUUCAGUGUAUAAUAGAUCAUCAGAAUUCAAAAGGUCAGUAAUAAAGGGCUUCACCUCCAAAUGUCAUCCUUUUAA